AUGUCUUCUAUCACUGCGUCUAAGUCGGCGCAGGUGCCGCACGUGCCCAUCCCCGCCAAUGGUAUCGACUACCGUGGCAAGGUUGUUUUGGCCCCGAUGGUUCGCUCCGGCGAACUGCCCUCGCGCCUGCUAGCCCUGCACUACGGCGCCGACCUUGUCUGGGGCCCGGAAACGAUCGAUCGCUCCUUGAUCGGUGCCGACCGUCGGGUUAACCCUCGAAACGGAACUAUUGAAUUCACUCGUACACCCUCCAACGGUGGUCGAACCGAUAAGGCCGCCAAAGAAUCAGUCAUCUACCGGCUCAAUCCUGAGCGCGAGAAGGGUCGCCUCAUUUUCCAACUUGGUACUGCGGAUCCAAAUCUGGCGGUCCAAGCCGCACGUAUCGUGGCCGGGGACGUCUGGGGUAUCGAUGUCAACUCCGGAUGCCCCAAGCCGUUUAGUACAAGCGGCGGUAUGGGCGCGGCGCUACUGCGCACCCCAGAUAAACUAGUGUCUAUCCUGGAGGCACUAGUCAAGGAAGUUGGCGAACCCUUCAAGAUCGGUAUCUCUGUCAAGAUCCGUAUUCUAGAGACCCCAGAACUUACCAAAGCUCUGGUCACGCGCCUUGUGCGAACCGGUAUCACAGGUUUGACAGUCCACUGCCGCACAACACCCAUGCGACCACGUGAACGUGCAAUCCGUGACCAGCUAUCUAUGAUCCGCGAAAUCUGCCACGACGCCGGCGUAGCAUGUCUGAUGAAUGGUGAUGUGACCUCGCGCGACAAUGCCAUGAAGCUCAUGGCCGAAUUUGGCGUUGACGGCGCCAUGAUUGCCACAUCUGCCGAGGCCAACUCCUCGUGUUUCCGCAGUGAAGCAAAUGGUGGUCUUGCACCAUGGAAGGACGUAGUUUACGAGUACAUGAAGUACUGUAUUGAGUCUGAAAACCGCUACGGCAACACAAAGUACCUGCUCAACAUGCUCAUUCCCGGCAAGAACAAAGAGUUUGCAGAUGCAAAGCUGGCCAAGACUUAUACUGAUGUUUGUCGGCAUAUGAAAUUCGACGAUCUCAUCCCUGGUGCCAUUCGAAUCGACGAGAUCCUCGACCUGACCAAUAAGUGGGAGUUGGGUCCUGGUGGUGACCAUCCUCGAUCAGCUGCUGUUGAGAAAGCUAAGAAUAACGAGUCUGCCCGUGCUGCCGGCGGCAGUGGUACACGUUCCAAGUCGACUUCCUCCGCUUCUCACAGCGGUGGCCCUAUCCGCACCUCUUCUAUUCCCGAGCCUGUUAAGACCGCGAAGGCCGAGGUUGAGAUCGAAAAAUCGGUCGAUGUCUCCAUACCUGCUGCCGAUCUGACUCAGAAGCCAGGGGUGAUGGCAUAA